AUGUUCCUCAGUGUCACAGAAGGCAGAGCAAUGUGCAGCAGCACAAAGCCAAAGGGAGCAGACUGUGCGUGCUGCCCAGAAGGCAUCCUGUCAAAACUAGUUGAGUUUUUUAGAAGCUGGUUUCCUUUUCCACAGUAUAAGAAAAAUGAUGACAUACUUCACCGACUGGAUGUUGGAUUUCGAUUUGACACGCUCCGUACCAUCCUGCAACAGGAAGUUCUGCUGCAGGAGGAUGUGGAACUGAUUGAAUUCCUUGACCCCAGUAUCCUGUCUGCAGGGCAGUGUAAGCAACAGGAAAACAGACAGCUUCCAACGCUACGCUCCCUAGCAACUCCUAAUAUUUGGGAUGUCUCGUUGUUCCUUGCCUUUGUAAGUGCACUGCUUAUGUUUCCUUCGUGGUGGAAGGAAUCAUCAUGGCUGCUGUGCGGACCAGUGCUGCUCCUCUAUGCAGUCUUUAGAGUGUGGGGCACCUGGAGGACAGCCAAGCUGCAAAUGUCCCUGCGAAAAUACUGUAUCCAGCUGGAAGAAACAGUGGCGAAUAGCCGAGCCUUCACUAAUCUCGUGAGGAAAGCUCUACGACUCAUUCAAGAGACUGAAGUGAUUUCCAGAGGAUUUACCCUUUUGCUUGACAGGGUCAGUGCCGCUUGCCCAUUUAAUAAAGCUGGACAGCAUCCUAGUCAGCACCUGAUCGGCCUCCGGAAAGCCGUGUAUCGAUCCGUCAGAGCCAACUUCCGAGCUGCAAGACUGGCCACCCUGUACAUGCUGAAAAAUUACCCUCUGAACUCGGAGAGUGACAACGUGACCAGCUACAUUUGUGUGGUCCCCUUUAAGGAGCUGGGUCUGGGACUGAGUGAAGAGCAGGUCUCUGAAGAGGAAGCACACAAUCUGACUGAUGGCUUCAGCUUGCCUGCACUCAAGGUCCUCUUUCAGCUGUGGGUAGGGCAGAGUUCAGAAUUUUUCCGGAGGCUGGCGCUGCUGCUGUCCCCAGCCAACGCGUCCCCCAAGCCCUUGGUGUCCGCGGAGCGUUUGCCCCACCACAUCCUGCGCGAUGUGACCCAGGGCCUGCCUCACACCCACGCCGCCUGCCUGGAGGAGCUCAAGAGGAGCUACGAGUUCUAUCGCUACUUCGAGACUCAGCAUCAGUCGGGCUUGCAGUGGCCAGCCAGGGCCAAGCAGGAGUCCAGAGAGCUCAACAGUCUCCAGACAGCGGUACGCAGCCUGCAGCUUCAUCUCAAGGCACUGCUCAAUGAGGUAAUAAUUCUUGAGGAUGAACUUGAAAAGCUUGUUAGCACUAAGGAGACACCCGAGUUGACAACAGAAGCCCAUCAGGCUCUGGAACAAAAACUAAAGUUUAUUCAGCCUCAUAUCCAAGCAAGCAACAGCUGCUGGGAAGAAGCCAUUUCUCAGGUGGAAAAAAUGAGUGGAAGAAACCCAAAUAAAAAAGGCAAAAUUGAAGUUUCCUGUGACAACCUACAGCAUACUACAGUACCUUUAACACAGCCUGCCAUAUACAUAGAAAACAAAGAUCCAAUCCCUGAAGAGCAGGAACUGGAAGCAUAUGUUGAUUAUUCAGAUACAGAUAAUGAAUACAAAAGGGAAGAUUUUUACUGCUUCUCCGAAGAAGAAAGAAAGAGGCAAGAGCGAGAGAGACAGGAAUCUAAGAGGGUGUUACAAGAAUUGAAAUCUGUACUGGGAUUCAAAGCUUCAGAAAUUGAAAGACAGAAGUGGAAACAGCUACUAUUCAGUGAACAUGCUGCAGUGAAACCCUUGUCUCCUGUAGAACCAUUGAAGCUACUAAAUAAUGUGGAAUCACAUAUGAAUUCAGAUACAGAAAAGCAGGACUGCAGCCAAAGUUGUGACAAAUCUGAAGAAAAAGACUCAAAUCUAGAAGUGAAUGCUGCUGAUAAAAGCAGGACAGAAUAUUUGUAUGAAGAUCCUGAAAUGGAGAAAAACAAAGACAGUACUGCAGAUAAAGAUGUUUCUACAGGGGCUGAAGAAAGAAUGUAUUAUCAGUGUGAAGGGGAUGCUGAAGAACUCAAGCCAAGCAGUGUGGAUGCAGUAGAGGCUUCACAGCCUCCCUCUAAGGAUGCAUUGCAUUCAAAAAUCAAGGAUAGGCUGGCCCAGCUCCACAUAUCAACAGAUUUUAACUUCACAUCUGGUCUGGCUGCACAAGUUGCUGCCAGGUCUUUCACUUUUACUACAAUGCAGGAAGAGACUUUUGGAGAUGAUGGGGAGGAGGAGGAGGAGGAAGAAACAACACAGGAGAAUGAAGACCUUGUGGAGAACUGUGAAAAUGAAGAGAGAGGCUGUGAAAGUGAAGGAAAAGUAUAAGUCUGAGCUGAACUUUAUUAAAUCAACAGCAGGUAGUUUGAUGGAAAAAUCUAAGGUCGGGGGUUGAAGCUGAAAAUACUGGAUGGAAAAAAAGGAGACCUAAAUAUAAUACAUCAUGUUCCCUAAGACUGAUACACUAAAUAGGACUUCUAAGUAUAUUGAAAAUUUGCAGGUAAGAGAAGUUUAGGCUGCAUCCAAGAAAUAGAUGGCUGUUCCCGUUUUAAAAUCCUAGUGAUGGGGAAUUUACUUUUGUGUUUUCUGUUUUAUUUAUUUAUAUUAUGACAUAUUGUAGUUGUUUCUAAAAAGGAAAACAAUGUUUUGAUUUACCACAGACUGCAUUUUUUUGCUCUCUGAUUCUUUUGUCAUGGUAUCAAUGUUUGUUCCAACAAAAAAAGUCAGGACAUUUCUUUUAGAAAAACCUGAACUGUUCCCUGAUCUUCCUCCACUUGUUUCACUUUUUGUGUCUGCAGUGUGUUGGCUAAGUCAUGAUAGGCAUUUGUGAUUCAGCGAUUAGUGAUGUGGCACCCAGCUAAAAUGUAGAAUUUUUAAUAAAAACUUGAAGGAACUAGUAUUUGAUGUGUCCUGGGGUAUGGGGCUGAAAUAGUAUAAAGUUAGUCAUGCUUCAUAUUAAGGUUUAUUUAGAAUUUUAUGAAGGGUUAAUAAAUUAUUUCCGUAAGUAGUAAUUCAUGUCAGAGAAAUAUGUUGCAAGUAAAUUUUAGGGAAGGUUAUAAGCACAUCAGUAGAAAGUACUAUAGACAGCUAGAAGCUGUAUGUUGUAUUGACAGAGAUGAGAAGUAAACACCUAUUUAUUAAGCCAGCUAUUAAUUGUUUGUUAACCUUUUGUAAACUGAACCUUAAUGUAAUUGAUUUAUUUGAUAUAAUGAUCAACUGUACAUUUUUGCUUAUGUCCUGAAGUAAUUUUCUUAAAGGAAAUUAUCUGAGAGCUUGACAACAUGCAGUAUUUUGCUUCAACACCAUACUUGCUUUUCACUAAUGUUCUUUCACUUUUCCUUAGAUCACAACUUUAACCUGUGGCAUUAAGAAUCCGUGAGAGAACUACAGUUGUGUAUUUUGUUUCUUGUAACUUAGUUAACUGAUGAUGAAGUCUGGAUGUUUGGUAUGAGGUUAUGCAAGUUGUUUUUUUUCUCUGUGGUGGUGUUAGAAGGAGCAGGAAACUGAUGCUUACCUCACAGAAGAGCUGGUUAGUGGUUUCAUUGUCCUCUCUUCCUUUUGCUCUCUGACACAAAAUGAAGUAAAGCUCUUGUGUCUCUAAUGGCAAGGGCACCACUUCUUUGUGUGGAAUAAUCUACUUGGACCCGGAUACACUUCCAGGACCUGCAUCAGUUACUUAGAGUAAUUAUUGUGUUUUGCAGAUUCUAUAGAGUAAAGGGCUUUUUAGAUGCUAGUAGUGCAGAGCAAUAUCUUUCCUAGGAUGGUGUCAUGGAAAGUGGGGAAGGUAAAGCAGAUCAGCAAAUUAGGGUGGAACUCUAGACGGUAUGUCAGAAAACAAGUGUUUUCUUUCAACUCCCUGGCCUGUAUUAGUGAUUUUGCAUGAACACUGUGAAAUAUGUGGACUUCUUCACAGAUGGUAAAGAGAGUAACAUCAAUUGAUAGAGAUGGGAGUAUGACUUACAGUGUUCUUUCACUGUAUAAUGCCUGUCUUCUCCCUCACACGCAGGUUUUGGGAAAAGAACGUUUUGCUGUUUUUCAUUGACCAGUAACACUGUGUUCUGUGUCCUUUAUUUUGCGUGACUGGAAGCUGAGUGGUUGAUGUCUUGAGGAGGUUGUAGAAAAAAAAUCAGAUGCUUUUCGUAGUGUAUUCAGAAGAUAAGCUUCCUCUUAGUGGUAGAGUAUAUUCUUCUGUAACUAAAGAUUAGGCUAAGACUUUUAUUUUCUCUGUGGUAAGCAAUUUUUCACCAAGUCUAGAAGAGCUGCUUUGGAUAGAUUGUGUUUGAAGCAUUGUCCGUGCUUCUGAAGAAGUCUUCCUCAUUCUUGACUUGAGAUCCUUGAGUUCACAAAGUGCCCAGAUAUUUUUUGUUCCUAGCUAAUUGUUCUGACAGCCUAAAUAUAUCUUCCAUUAAUAUUUUUCCAUUAAUUCAUCCACCAUCUUCUCAUGAUCUGAUGUUGUGUAUCCCAGAAAGGGUACUCCUGAACUUUUUCUAUGGUAUCCAAAUCAUACAGUGUGUAUGGCUAUGGUACCAACCUGGAAAUAUGAUCAGAUUUAGGAUAUUAAUUAUCACUGUGCUCACAGUUUCAGAUGAAGUAAGUAGUAGCCUGAGUUUAAUUGGUAUUGGAAUUGGUGACAGAUCUCACAUUUAUAAAAGCUGCUAUCUCUUUAUUCCUUUGCUGCAGUCCUUAGUAAAAAAUCCUGGAGAAUCUACUUUGGUGGCUCACUUGAGGCCUAGUUUUAUUAUACGCUGGUCUUGGUAAUGAAACUGGCCUAAAAUUACCCAUCCAUCGUGAGUUGUUUAUUUUCAUCCAGCAGAUGUGUCAACACAAGGCUUUGUGGCCAUGUUAUAAAUCAGUUCAUGAGUCUACCUGGGUGAAAAAUUGAUCCUUUUUAGGCCUUUUUGCUUUUCAUCAUUCUUAAGGCAGAGGUGCAGUAACAGCAGUUACCUCCAGACAGCUGUAUCAGCACAUACUGUGUUGCUGGCCUCAGACUCAGGCCAGCCAAUUUACAUUAUUGGCAAAGAUGGUGUAGUAUGAAAUUACAGCCUUAACGUUAGACAUGGCUAUGAUCAAACGAUGACUGUUUAGAGGAAGUCCUGAUCCUACUUUGAACAAAUAGAUUUUCUACAAGCAAUUUAACUGAUUUCCAUGGUCUUACUUAAUGCAGUCUUAGAAGUUGCCCGUAUGAACACC